AUGCUUGGGAACCGGAUUUGUGUCCCUAAGGAUGACCAGUUGAGACGAGCUAUUUUGGAGAAAACUCAUUCUUUCGCCUAUGCUUUACAUCCCGGAAGCACCAAAAUGUACAGGACUAUCAAGGAAAGUUAUUGGUGGUCGGGUAUGAAACGAGAUAUAGCAGAGUUUGUGGCGAAAUGUCUCACAUGCCAGCAGAUCAAAGCAGAACAUCAGAAACCAUCAGGUACUCUUCAGCCUCUAUUUAUCCCUGAAUGGAAGUGGGAGUACGUAACUAUGGACUUUGUAUUGGGUUUACCUCUGACCCAGAGUGGGAAGGAUGCUAUUUGGGAAGCUCUCAGAACUAAUUUGAGGUUUAGUACUGCCUUUCAUCCACAGACAAAUGGUCAGUCUGAAAGGACCAUUCAAACUUUGGAGGAUAUGCUACGGGCUUGUGUCAUUGACUUUACUAGGAGUUGGGACAAACACUUGCCGUUGGUGGAGUUUGCGUAUAACAAUAGUUUUCAGUCUAGUAUUGGGAUGGCACCAUACGAGGCUCUGUAUGGGAGAAAGUGUCGUACUCUACUUUGCUUGGAUGAAGUGGGUGUGAUCCGGUUUGCAAAGCGAGGAAAGCUCAAUCUGAGAUACAUUGGACCCUUCCGUAUUGUUGAAAGGAUUGGGCCAGUGGCUUAUAGACUAGAGUUACGCCCAGAGUUGGAUCAGAUUCAUAAUGUCUUCCACGUCUCAAUGUUGAAGAAGUAUGUAUCUGAUCCCUCCCAUAUCCUCGAGGCACCUCCGAUUGAGUUGCAAGAAGAUUUGAAGUUCGAGGUGCAACCUGUACGUAUUUUAGAUCGAAAGGAUCGAGAGUUGAGGAAUAAGAGCAUUCCAAUGGUUAAGGUGUUGUGGAAAAAUGCUCGGAUGGAGGAGAUGACGUGGGAAGUUGAGCACCAGAUGAGAAACCAAUACCUGCAUCUUUUCUCCGAGUCUGGUAAGUGA